CGAAAAUGAAGUGAAUUGCAGUUGAUAAAACGCGCGACUCCUGCGCAGACGCCUCAGUAUCUCAAUAAUGGCGCGCGUACAUAUUACGAUAUUAUUCGUCUUGGCCGCAAAACUCGUUUCAGGCGAUGUAGCGACCCCAAAACCAAAGAAGGUUUUGGACACCACCAUGAACCCCGCAUACAUACCGGCCGAAGAGAAACAUGGAUCUUUCUGGAAGAAGUCAGCAGCACAGACUCUGAAGGCCAAGCUUGCUGAGAAACCGAACACUAAUAAAGCGAAGAAUGGAAUCCUGUUCAUUGGUGAUGGCAUGUCCUUGGCAACCAUUAUGGCGGCCAGGACAUUCUCUGGACAGCUUCAGCAAAGUCUUGGAGAAGAGUCAGUCUUAGAUUUCGAGAGAUUUCCAGUCGUCGGAUUGGCUAGGACUUACUGCAUAGAUGCUCAAGUGCCCGAUUCAGCGUGCACAGCCACAUCUUACCUCAGCGGAGUGAAGACCAAGUACGGGGUAAUAGGACUCGACGGCAAUGUCACUCGCGGUUCCUGCUUCUCACAACUGCACCAACCGAACUGGGCGUCGUCUAUCGGGAAGUGGGCUCUAGAUCAAGGAAUGGAUGUCGGAGUAGUCACAACAACCAGAGUGACCCACGCUUCACCCGCCGGUAUGUACGCUCACACUUCGGAACGCAAUUGGGAGUCUGAUGCAGAUGUACCACCAGAAUGCUUGGCAGCUGGCUGCAGGGACAUCGCGUACCAACUCGUUACUGAAUCCCCUGGAAGACAUUUUAAGGUUAUCAUGGGCGGUGGUCGGCGAGAAUUUCUUCCCAACGUAACAAGUCUAGUUGGCAACACUAAAGGAAAGAGACGAGAUGGUGUAGACUUAACUGAACUGUGGCAUGUUGACAAAGUCAAUCUGAACGCCACGCAUCAAUAUGUAACUGAUAGACAGGAACUUUUGAAGGUGUUCAAUUCGGAUGAUCUCCCGGAGUACUUACUAGGUCUGUUUCGCGAUGACCACAUGGACUAUCACUUGAAAGCUGAAAACCAACCAACUCUCGAAGAAAUGGUGGAAGUGGCCAUCAAAAUGCUUAGUAGAAGUACUAAAGGAUAUUUUCUAUUUGUCGAAGGUGGCAGAAUAGACCACGCCCACCACGACAGCUUAGCUCACUUAGCACUAGAUGAGACAGUGGAGUACUCUAAAGCCGUCAAAAAGGCAAGAAGUUUAACAAGCGAGAAAGAUACCUUGAUAGUUGUCAGCUCCGACCACGCUCAUACAAUGACUGUAGCUGGCUACCCAUCCAGAGGGAACGAUAUUCUUGGAACAGUGGACUCGGCAGCUGGUCUAGAUGGGAAGCCGUAUACUACUAUUAGCUACGCGAAUGGUAAAGCACAUUCGAUUGGAGCGGAUGGUACGCGGGUCGACGUGACACUGCAAAAUGAAUUUUCGAUACGUGAUCCAAAUUAUGCGUACCCUAGUCUCGUCCCGUUGGACUCGGAGACGCAUGGGGGAGAGGAUGUUGCAGUGUAUGCCUCAGGACCCUGGCAGCACCUCUUUACAGCCAGCUACGAGCAGAACGUAGUCCCACACCUCAUGGCAUACGCCAUGUGUCUGACAGAAGACCACCACGAAAACUGCGAACCUAUUCAAGAAAGGGUGGCGUCAAAUUCGAUCACUGUAAAACCUAGUACAACGAUGUUAGCCGGCCUAUCUGUGAUGCUUAGUAAAAAGUUCUGUUGUUAGGAUUUAAUACUUAAUUAGCUAGACCCCGUGUUUAACAUUCCUCAAAACACCUCGUAUCAGUGAGGGAAACCGCAUGAAUAUUCUUUCAGUAGUUUGAGAGAUUAGCCGACCAUUAACGUACGCAUCUACUAGCGAAAAGUACCUACAUACUUGUACCUAUGACUACACGUUGACCUAUGUACCGCAAUCUUUCAAAUUUCUUCAAUAGAUUUUCAACCUUAUCACAAUAGUUGAAGGUUAAUGUUCGAUUGGUACAAUUUGGCAGAUCCGGGUAGGUUGACUUGCUGGCUUCUGUACCUAUAGUUGGCUAUUAUUUCGAGUACAGAAUAACGCGGAAGGGUUUAUUGUUAUAUAAUAUAAAAUGAAGUGAUAUUUCGCUUUUAAGAUACAUAAUAUAUUAGUAUGAAUUUAUUAAGUUUAUCGACACAGAGCUGAUCGUUAAGUGGUUCUGUACAACAGUUCAAAUUAUCACUUAGUUUCAACAUAAAGUACGUGUAAAGAACUAUAGAACGUUCCUUAUAGACUUAGUAUUAGUCCCACGUAAACCUUCGUAACUGAAGUCGAUGAAUAAAUUAUAUUAUCAGUACAAAUCUUAU